AUGAAGUCGGUAGUCGUUCUGCUUUGCCUGGUGGCGCUUGCAGCCGCUGCACCCCGCUCGGUACAGAGCAAAUAUGGUUUCCCCAGCGGCCGUGUCGUUGGAGGAGUCGAUGCUCUCCCCGGUGAGUUCCCCACGAUCGUGUCGAUCCAGCGUGUGAUCUUGGUCGUGUCUGCCCACGUGUGCGGCGGUAGCGUUCUGAGCAACUUCUGGGUGCUGACGGCUGCUCAUUGCAUCACCGAAAGCCCGGCAACGGCCAACUUCCAGAUCUGGGCCGGUUCGCACGAUCUGUCCCAAACCGAGGAGACUCGCCAGGUCGUGAGCGUAGCUAGCAGCAUUGUCCAUCCGGAAUACCUGGGUGGCGUCAACCCGAGCGACGUUGCCGUCAUGCGUCUGGCCACCCCGCUGACUUUCACGCCCCGCGUUCAGCCGACCGUUCUUCCGGCGGCUGGAAGCAUCCCAACUGGCGCAUCGACUCUGGCCGGCUGGGGCUCGACCGGUGGCACCAUCCCGACCACGAGCAACAUCCUGCAGAAGGUCACGAAGCCACUCAUUACCUUCGCCGAAUGUAACGCUGCUGCCGGUGUUGGCUCGCCGCUCGGUCCGACCAACCUCUGCACGGGUCCGCUGACUGGUGGAGUGUCCGCUUGCUCGGGUGACUCCGGUGGCCCGCUGUUCUCCAUCCAGGGCGGCCAGCAGGUGCAGAUCGGUAUCGUUUCCUGGGGAUGGGUUCCGUGCGGAACCGUCGGCUUCCCGUCGGUCUACGUCGGUGUUUCGCACUACCUCGACUGGAUCCAGGCCAACACCCCCUAA